UUACUCAGAUGAAAAUAGGGCACAUGCACUUCCGUUUUGUCGGCGUAGCUGUGAUAGCCAGUGUCCAGCAGGCCUUUCAAAGGAGUCGUCUUGGUAGCCUCCGAGUGAAGACAUUGGUCUCCACAAUCGCCUGCACAAGAUGGCCAUCUUGCGCACCGCACCGAUGUGGCAUUCGAUAUUGUGCAGCUGCUGGGAUUCUUCCGGCUCCUGGCAAAGUGGGAAUUUGCGACGCUGGGCUGCGCUUGAUCUCGACAUGGCGCUUGAAUCUUGACCUCCCCAGCGACAAUCCGCAUUCCCUACCCAUCCUCUACCUCACCCUGCAUCGAUGGAUCAACCUCCCCUCAGGAGGAGGGCCCGGCCUGCCGUCCCCCCUGGGAGAGCGCCUCAAUCACAGCGUCCUGCUCGGUCCUGCCGGGGCUGGUGGACAACCGUCCAAGCCGCCGCCGUCGUCGCUGUCGUCGCCGUCAUACUCUUCUCCGUUGUUCCUCUUGCUCGCCCACCGAAUACCUCGGCUCCACACGCUGUCGAGCACCACGACACUGCCCCGUAUCCAGUUCAGCUUCAGCAGCCUGUCUAUCCAGCACCCGACGAGAUGAGCGCCCACGGCAAACGUGUCGAGGUUCAAGUCUCGCAUCAUAUCACCAACGACGAGGAAUGGAAGCGUAUGCUCACCCGCAAAGGCGUCCUUAUCGUUUUGGAUGUGUUCUCGAAAUGGGCUGGGCCCUGCGAAUCAAUGCAAAACAUCUUCAAGCGCAUGAAGAUGGAUUACGGAGAAGAACUUGCGGUCGUCCAGGCUCAAGCAGACGGAAUCGCCGCGCUCGAAAAGUUCCGGGAUCGAUCCUGCCCGUGCUUCAUGUUCUUCUACGAUGGUACUCUCGUCAACAUCAUCAAGGGGCCAAAUGCCCCCGUUAUCGAGCGCACCGUCAAGGAGCAGGUUGCGUUGGUCAAGAGCGGGCAGCCCCCAGUACCGUACGUCGUCGACGGACAGAUGCCCGGGCUCAGUAUGCAGGCCAAGGAGGUGUCCGAUGCCAUCCAAAGCAACGCCGAGCUAAAUGGCGGCGCCGAUGCGGAAGAAACCCUGGCCAUCAUCAAGCCCGAUGCGAUGCAUCCUUCGGUGAUUGACGAAAUAAUGGAGCUGAUCAAACGCAACCGCAUCGAAGUUGUUCGCAAAAAGAAGAUAUGGCUCACCCACGACGAAGUCAAGGAAUUCUAUGUCGAACACCAGAGCAAGGCAUUCUUCCACAUCCUCACAAGCUAUAUGUCAUCGGCUCCCUGCAUUGCCCUCGUUCUCAAAAAGGCCAACGUGAUCGCGUUGUGGAGAGGAAUGAUGGGUCCAGCAAACUCACACCGUGCAAAAGACGAGCACCCCAAGAGCAUUCGUGCCUUGUUCGGCACAGAUAACCUAGUCAACGCAGUCUAUGGCUCUGACAGCGCCGCAUCCGCGGAACGAGAUAUCCACUUUAUGUUUGAAACACCGCACGUACUCGAGAUGCCGAUGCCCGAGGUCACGCACUCCAUGAAGGCGUCGCUCCAGAAAACGCUUGUGCUGAUCAAACCCGAUGCAGUUGCUGCAGGCAAGGUCGAAGAAAUUAUCGAGCGGAUCAUGUAUCGCGGCUUCAAAGUCAUGCAGCGCGAAGAGGUUUCUUUCACCUCCGAGAGCGCCAUCCAGCUAUACGAACAUCACAAGCAGCAGCCAUGGUUCGAAGAUGCCAUCAUCCACCUGUCCAGCGAGCCUGUCAUCUGUCUGGUGAUCAAGGGCGAUGAUGCCAUCAACGGGUGGAGAGAAAUGAUCGGACCAACCGAUCCUGCGGAGGCGCGAGAGCAGUUCCCGAUGAGCAUUCGCGCUCUGUAUGGAACCGACAUUGUCAAGAAUGCCGUUCACGGCUCCGACAGCAUCGACAAUGCCAUCCGUGAGAUCCAGCAUCUGUUCCCCAGGGUUCUAGCACGAACUGGCUCGUUGGUGUUUGCCACACGGCCUGGCAGUGCCCGUGACAUGUCCCUCGAGAAUCUGCUCAAUAUGGAGCGAACCGUGGCACUCAUCAAGCCAGACGCCUAUGCUGCUGGCAAGAAGGACGAGAUUGUCGAAAGAAUCAAGUCAGAGGGAUUCACGGUCGUGGCUGAGAAGGAAGUCCACCUGUCGCUCGAGCUGGCGCAGGAGUUCUAUCGCGAGCACAACGGCAAGCCGUUCUUCGAAGAUCUGACGCAGUGGAUGAGCAGCUCGCCGAUAUACGCUAUGGUGCUGCAAAAGGAAUCUGCGAUCAAUUCAUGGCGAGAGUUAGCCGGCCCUACCAACUCGGUGAAGGCCAAGGAAAUUGCACCGAACAGUAUCCGCUCCCUCUAUGGGACAGACGGAUCGCAAAAUGCAGUCCACGGAUCUGACUCGCCCUCCUCUGCUGAGCGAGAGAUCAAAGUCAUAUUCGGGGAAGAAGUCGCGCCGCUCCCGCCGAAUGUGGCGCCAUCCAAGCGAACCAGCCGUGUGAUUCACGAGUCUGCCCGCCGACUGUCCAAAGACCUCCAAAGAACAUUUGCACUCAUCAAACCCGAUGCCUAUGGCGCCGAUAAGAAGGGCGAUAUUAUCGAGAAAAUCAAGGCCAGCGGCUUCAACAUCGUCAAAGACCAGGAAGUCCAGUGGACACUCGAGCAAGCGCAGGAGUUUUACAGAGAGCACGAGGGCAAGCCCUUCUUUGAGGGUCUCACCACCUGGAUGAGCAGCGCACCAAUCUACGCCAUGAUCUUGGAGAAGCCGAACGCCAUCUCGGCCUGGCGCGAGCUUGCGGGCCCGACCAACUCUGAAAAGGCUCGGGAGCUUGCACCUCAAAGUAUACGAGCACUUUUCGGAACCGACGGCACCAAGAACGCUGUCCACGGCUCUGAUUCAAAGCCGUCUGCGGCACGCGAGAUUGGGCUCGUCUUUGGCGACGGGUUUAUUUCCAAGGCGGGCUCGCUGGCUGUCCUGAACAGCGGAGACAUGUCGGAGCUUCAGAGAACUGUUGCCUUGAUCAAGCCCGAUGCCAUGGGUGCCGGCAAGAAAGACGAGAUUAUCGCCAAGAUCAAGCAAGCCGGUUUCACGAUUGUCAAGGAGGCCGAAAUGCAGUGGCCAGAGGCAACCGCAAAGGAGUUCUACAAGGAGCACGCCGAAAAGCCAUUCUAUGGCGAGCUUGUUGCGUGGAUGAGCAGCGCCCCGAUAUACGCAAUGGUUCUUGAGAAGGAGGAUGCCAUCAAGGCUUGGCGGGAGCUCGCCGGCCCCACCAACUCGGAGAAAGCCAGGGAGUCCAGUCCAAGCAGCAUUCGUGCAUUGUUUGGAACCGACGGCUCCAAGAACGCGGUGCAUGGAUCGGACUCGCCGACAUCUGCAGAAAGGGAAACCAUGAUCGUCUUUGGAGACAACUUGCGUAGUUCGGUUGCAGCGAACUACGGUGUCCAAGGCGCCGUGUCCGAGCCAAAGCUUGAGCAAACUCUGGCUUUGAUCAAACCCGAUGCCUAUGGCGCUGGAAAGAAGGACGGGAUCGUCGCACGCAUCAAAGGAAGCGGAUUCAGCAUCGUCCGUGAGGCCGAGGUGACAUGGACUCCCCAACAAGCCGGAGAGUUCUACAGAGAGCAUGAGGGCAGGCCGUUUUACGAGACUCUUGUGACCUGGAUGAGCAGUGCGCCCAUAUAUGCCAUGGUCCUGGAGAAGGAGUCGGCUAUAACAGCUUGGAGAGCGCUGGCCGGACCGACCAACUCGGAGAAGGCGCGAGAAACAGCCCCAGACAGCAUACGAGCGGCGUACGGAACCGACGGUACACACAACGCCGUGCACGGAUCCGACUCGCCAGGAUCGGCCCAGAGGGAGAUCGGGAUUGUUUUUGGCAGCUCGGCGGCGCAGGGCCAGGCCGCACCGCAAUCUUCGGGCGAUCUGGCAGGCAAAGGCAGCGACAAUGCCGCCGCUCCGGGCCCUGGGGCACCCACGACUCAGCCCAACUCGAAGGCAGGCUCCCGAGUGCUAUCUCGAUCGGAUACAGGAGUGGACUCGAAGCUUGACGCCCCGAUUGCCUCGGCCGACGGAAGUGCCCCUGUUGAAGUUGUCCCUUAGUGCGGCUCUGAUCGGAUGUAGAUGCACGGCCGUGUCUCUGGGUCCACUUGGCAGAGUGUGAUGCUUGAAGCGGGGCUCCGAGGCCAGCUUGCGAUUCCGUUGCGGCCACCACAAUACACAUCCAUUUGAAAUGA